AUGUGCGGCGGUGCCAUCCUCGCCGAGCUCAUGCCGAGCGCGCCGCCCAGGAGCGUCACGGCGGUCCACCUCUUGCCCAAGCGGCAGAGGGUCGACGACUUCGAGGUUGCUUUCAAGCGCUUCGACGAGGACCCCGAGGAGGAGGAGGAGGUGCGCCAGUGCGCGGGCUUCGAGUUUGGCGCCCGCGGGCAGCCGGCAGCGAGGCGCGGCGGCGGUAGGCCGGCAAAGUACAGAGGCGUCCGGCGCAGGCCUUGGGGCAAAUGGGCGGCAGAGAUCCGCGACCCCGUCAAGGGCGUCCGGGUCUGGCUCGGCACCUUCCCCUCCGCCGAGGCCGCCGCGCACGCCUACGACGACGCCGCACGCGGCUUCCGCGGCGCCAACGCCAGGCUCAACUUCCCCUCCUCGUCCACGAGCGCACCCAAGUGCCGCGUAGCCGAGAAACCGACACCGUUCGUUGUUAUUGACCUCGACGACGACGAAGAGGGUGAUGCCGGAGCAGCGGAUGCCGGCGGGAUAAGCUCCGAAUCCAGCGGCGCCCUGCCGGACUUCUCGUGGCAGGGCAUGUCCGCGUCCGACGAGGUCACGGCGCAAUCUGUCCAUGCUGAAGUGGAGUCCGGCCAGUCCGUCGUCGACCUGGGCAGCGCCAAGAAGCGGCCCCGGAUCGAAGCCGACGAGGUUCUGCCGGCAGCGUCCGACGACUCCGCCAACCAACUGUUAGAUCCUUUCAUGUUCGAUGACGAACUCGGUUUCUUGGACAGCAGCUCGUACGAGUGGCUGGAUGGCCUGUUCGGCGCCGAUGCUGAGAAGAUCGACGGCAGUCAGCUGGGGCUCUGGAGCUUUGGCGACGAUGACUGUCUCGCCGAGGACAGCGCGUGCGUGCAAGUAGAGUAG